AUGGUUCACCACAUCCACAUUGCCGUCCUGGACGUCGACAUUCCAGCUCGUCAACUGUACGAAGCCCGUGGUCUUUGCAGCGCCCACUUCCGCACCGUUCUCCGCGAAACCGCAACCCGCCUAAAUGAAACCUUUUUCUCCGAGAAAGAGCAGCUUGAUAUCAAAAUCACCCCAUACGAUAUCCGUGGCGGCCACUAUCCCGACCUUUAUAAGCUUCGCGGCCAUACGGGCGAGAACCAACCACCCGUUGCGUUCCCCGUAGACGCAGUCCUAAUCACCGGUGGCUCGCCCGGCGUAUACGAAAUGGACCGAUCACCCUGGAUGCAGGAACUUAAGACCUUCGUCCGAACCGUUUUCAAGGACUACCCGCAAGUGCGGAUUCUGGGCACUUGCUUCGGGCAUCAGCUCAUUUCGCACGCUCUUGUGCGUAACGUCGAGGAUCCUGUCCGCGACGUGUGGGUUGAGAAGUGCCCGCUCGGCCGCGAGGUCGGAAUUCAUAAUGUUCAAUUAAACAAGGGUUUCCUGGAGGCUUUCCCGGCCGCCCUUGGCGAUCUUCCUAACGGACAAUUGCGCAUUCAGAUGUUCCACGGCGACCGUGUCAUGGCUGUUGAGAAGGGAACCCCUGUUACUUUGGCUGAGUCGCCGCCUGUGUCUUUGCCUGCGCCUUGGAUUAAUAUUGGAAGUACUGAUAUCUGCCCUAUUCAGGGACUUUACCACCCUGGUCGAGUUCUGACUGUGCAGGGUCAUUACGAGAUGGAUGCUUUCGGCUUGACUAAGAUGUGCCUGGAGGCUGCUCCUGUCAUGGGUUGGAAGGAGUCGAAGCUUGCUUUGUUCUUGGAGCAGGUUGGUGAUGAUUUGAAGGAGGAUCAAUGCGAUCGCAGGACUUUUGCUUCCGCGGUUGUCUCGUUCUUGGCUGGCUUUGAGCAAUGA